CUCGGUCCUCGGGAAGAAAGUAAUUAAUUUCAGUUGUAUUUUGCACAUGCAUUGGAUCGCUCUUGUGAAUACUCCCAAUCUCUCCGUAACUAAAAAUAGAACCUUCUCAUUAGAAAUCGGAUUGCGCAGUUUUGAUAUUGAGAAGAAAUACUUUGUUUAACUUUGAUUGAAAUAAUCUGCAAUGAGUGCUGAAGGUAUCACCUAUUAUGACGAAGAAGACUAUGUGGACGUGCGAUCAUUGCCGUUACGGCCACCGCAGAAACAGCUUCCUGCAGAGAAAGCAUCGCGGCGGGUGUGGCAUCCGGUGAUGUGGGACGACGGACAGACAGAACAGCACACGGAUAGUAAGCAAGAGAUCCAAACAUCAUCUAAAGAAUAUCCUCACAAGAAACAAAUUCGCAACAUAAAGAGACUCGUUGCCGAAGGGAAGGUCAAACCGACACAAGAGUCGCUAAUAUUUUUCCUUUGCAACAAAUUUGCUAUUUCUGAAGAGAGGCAAAGUAGAAUGGCAUCGAAUCAGUGAGUCAAGAACCAAAUCACACCAUUUCACCAUUUGGUGUAUAUCCCAUGUGAUUUAGUCGCAUAAUAUAAUGUGUAGAAUAUAUUAUCACGAGCCAUGUCUUAGAUAAGUUAUAUUUUUGUACUCUUUGUAUGUUUUUUUGAUAUCAUGUGAUAAGCAAAAUGUUCGUAAGUUGAAGUUUAGAAAUAUAAUCCAAAAAUAUAUGUGAAAAAUUUCAUUUUGCUCAUCGGUAAUGUAAUAAUAAAACAUUGAGAAUAUGAGUUAAAUUGUGAGAAGUUUUAUUAAAAAUAUUAUUAUAAAUUAA